AGAGUUCAAACUUCAACAUUCUUCUUCCUUCCUUUUCAACUUUUUCCUUAUUUUCUCUCUGUUCCACCGAACCUUUUCCACUUACUUACACGCAUUCUCUCCAAUCCAAUAACCAUCAUGCCGGUUGACACUUCUUCAUCUCACCCCUCCACCGUAUGCGUCACCGGCGCCGGUGGCUUCAUUGCCUCUUGGAUCGUCAAACUCCUCCUCCAGAAAGGCUAUUUCGUAAGAGGAACUCUCAGAAAUCCAGAGGAUCCGAAGAACAGGCAUUUGAGAGAACUCGAAGGUGCGGGGGAGCGGUUGAGUUUGUAUAAAGCGGAUCUUCUUGAUUUCGAAAGCCUUAAAGCGGCGAUCGACGGCUGCGAUGGCGUUUUCCAUACGGCAUCGCCUGUGACUGACGAUCCGGAGCAAAUGGUGGAACCAGCGGUCAACGGCACAAAGAACGUCAUAAUCGCGGCGGCCGAAGCCAAUGUCCAUCGCGUGGUGUUCACUUCCUCUAUCGGUGCUGUCUACAUGGACCCUAACCGUGGUCCAGACGACAUCGUAGACGAGUCCUGUUGGAGCGAUCUCGAGUUCUGCAAGAACACAAAGAAUUGGUAUUGUUAUGGCAAAGCUGUGGCGGAGCAGGCGGCAUGGGAGGUUGCGAAGGAGAAGGGGGUGGAUUUGGUGGUGGUGAAUCCAGUGCUGGUGCUAGGGCCAUUGUUGCAAUCCACCAUUAACGCGAGCAUAAUUCAUAUACUGAAAUACUUGACUGGAUCGGCCAAGACUUACGCCAAUUCCGUUCAGGCAUAUGUGCAUGUGAAGGAUGUGGCUCUAGCUCAUAUCCUUGUGUACGAGACUCCCUCCGCCGCCGGCCGGUACCUGUGCGCCGAGAGUGUGCUUCAUAGAGGGGAGGUUGUUGAGAUUCUGGCCAAAUUGUUCCCGGAAUAUCCUAUUCCUACCAAGUGCUCAGAUGAAGUGAACCCAAGGAAGAAAGCAUACAAAUUCUCAAACAAGAAGCUGAAGGAGUUGGGAUUGGAGUUCACUCCAGCAAAGCAGUGUCUAUACGACACCGUUAAAAGCCUACAAGAGAAAGGUCAUCUCCCAAUUCCCACUUCUACUCAACCAGCAGAUUCCAUUCAAAUUCAAUCUUGAAUCUUAGUUAUAUAGAAAAUGUAUGCUUAGAAUUUGGGCAACUUAUAAAUUGAAAUAAUCUCUUUAAUCCUUCAAUGUUUGUAAUGAGUUGUUCUUAUUUUAAACAUCAUGAAUGCAAGUAAGUUCUGCAAAA